AUUUAAGUCCUGUAUCUAUGGUUAUUAGUUCUCUCAAAAUAAAAAAAAAAUACAACUUUUGCGUUGUUAAAUAAUUGAACAAUAGAACCUUUAAAGUUUAAUGUAUUGUAUUGCUUUAAAGAUUUAAACAAAAAAAGGAAAAUAAACAUUCUCUUUAUGUGGUGUAUGAGCGAUCAAAAUGAAAUUAAUGACGGAACUAAGAAACGAAGAAACAUUUAGUAAAACUGUCAAAUGGUAUUCGAAAACGAUAAUAGUAUUAUGUUUAAUAAAGUUUAUAUCAUCAUCAAUUAAUAAUUUAUUGAUACAUAAAUACGACGAAAAAGGAAAAAUUCAACAACAACAAAAACAAAAAUAUCAAUUAUUAUUUAAAUCAGUGCUGCUGCUUAUUGGAAUAACAGUAGAAGAUAAAAGCAAUGAUAUAAAUGUCGCAUUAUGGCAUCAGCAUUCGAGAUCAAUAUUGAUUAUAGCCACGAAAUUUUAAAUCUCAUCAAGUCAAAUCCUCCAACAUCACCAUCCAAACCAUUAUCAGGAAACAAUUUAAAUGAGGAGUUUUCAAAUAACAAACCGCCGAAAAAACAUUUAAAAUUUAAUGAUAUUUUUUUACGUCGAACUGAUACAUCAAAUUCAAAAGUCUUAACACAAAUAGCAAAUACUAAAAAUUUAUAUCGUUUGUUGAUGCCAAAACAAAAACAACAACAAGAACCUUUAUCAUUACCAUCAUCAUCAUCAUCAUUAUCAGCAGCAUCAGCUUCAAGAUCAGCAAAGGCAUUAAUUCAGCAUAAAAAAAAGAACCAAUUGAUAAACGACAAAAAUCAAAUUCUCAAAUUUAACAAAUAUCAAUUAAAUUUGGAGAAAGAAAGUCCAUUACAAAUAUCAGCAAAACAAGCUCGAAUUAUAAAGACCCUACCAGAUAUUUGGAAUAGUCGUCCUUCAUUGUAUGGAGUUUCCUCAAAUUCAAAACAACAACCUGUUAACAAUUUGAAUGAUGAAAAUAUUAAAAUUAUCGAUGAUGUAGAUGUGUUGCCGUUAAAUGGAAAAUCAACAUUAUUAACAAGUGUGGAGGCAAUUGGAUUGGUUGGAGUAAUAUUCGGUGUGGUUGUUCUUAUUUGUUGGAUAAAAAGAUUCGUAUUUAGUUUUAUCAAAAAUAAAAACUCAUCAUCAUCAUCAUCAUCAUCCCUUAAAACGAAAACAAAAACGAAAACGACGACGAAAAUUGAAGAGAAAUUCAAUUCAUCCAAGAAUACAGCAACAGCAGCAGCAAAAAAAUCAAUUUUUGUUUUCCACAAAAGCUUCAUACUAAAACGACCGAUUGUUGUGUCCAAAAUUAUGGAUACAAAUAUAGAGAGCGAUCAAUUCAAUGAUGCAUCGAAUAAUGAAAGCAACAAAAGUACACCAUAUUUUACACCCUUGGGAACAUUUGAUGAACAUCAAAGUCGAUUUGAAUAUCCACUACCAUCGCCACCUACCACCAGUAGCGUUGGUGGUGGUAACAUUAAUUCAAAUGAAGAGUUGCUAUUACCAAUUUCGAUUGCACCAGACCCCAUCCAGAGUUCCUCUUCAUCGACAUCAAACAACAACUCGAAAUCUAAAACCCCCACCAUGACCACUAAAGCCACAACCAUCAGGAACACCAUUAUAAACACUGAACCGAUAGCUCCUCGAAGGUAUUCAAUUGAACGCCGUUCACGUUCUCCAGCUUAUAUGGCGUAUAUGUCUCAUUUAGCAUUUACCAGCAGUCAAGGUUCCAAUAAAACCCAAUAUGACACUUACGAUAAUCUGUAUGCAGCAGGGUCAUCACCACUUUUUUCUGCUGCAAUGUCGGCAGCUCUUUCAAUUAAUGCAGCACGAGCAUCCCCUCCAGCUAAUUCAGCUUCAGCUAUUGGGUCAGCUACCGCCAUUGAUGUAUCAUCUGGUACUAAUAAUCGACAAAACAAUCGAAGUCCCAAAGUAUAUGAUGAUAAAGAAGGUGACAAAGAGAAUGAAAUACCAACUAAAAUUAAUCAAAAACAACAACAGAAUUCUCCAUUGGCAAUGGAAGUCACUACACGUUUGGCAGCAACAAAAUUCUCAUUUUCACCUAAAGAUAUCGACAGAUCGUCAGACAGAUCAACAAUAGAAGGUAAGUGUGUACAAGUUAAAUCAAGUCCAACACUAUCAUCGGCGGGUUACACAAAAAAUGGUGAUUAUUUUAAAUUUCCUGAAGUUGAUCUAUUCUCACCGGCAAUUAUACACAAAACAAAUACUUAUCAUUUUGAUAAUGAAGAAGAACUUGAACUAGAAUUGGCAUAUGCUGCAAAUAAUGUGCAACAUGAUAAACUGAAAACAAUAUCAUCAGAUGCUCAAGCCACACGGCGGGCACGUUUAAAAUCAAUUUCGUUGGAUUCUGAAGGCGCCAAAUUGGUUGAAGAUAAUUUGGGAAUUCCUGUUGAAGAACUCAUUGAUAUAACCACUCCUUCACAUUUGACAACAAAUACAACAACAAUUACGACUUCAAAUAAUAAAAACAUAUCAAAUCUUAAAAAUAUCUCAAUCCUAAAUUUAGAUCGAGAUCAACUGCAAAUGGAAAUGGAAAGUUUUGAAGAAGAUGAUAUAUCACAUUUGAGCAAUAAUAAAAAUAAUUUAUCAUUGAAAGUAAUGUGGUAUAAUGAUGUCAAUCAAAAUUCUCAUAGCGAACACGUUCGAACUCCACCGAAAACACCAACAUUGGGUAAAACAAAACAAAAAGCAAUUUCAUUUGAUUCAUCUGAUUCGAAAUUGUCGUCUUCAUUGAUGUCACGAAGGUUACGAGAUCGAGAUCAUAAUGAAAGUAAUGUUGUAUCGAGUCCAGCAAAGGCAGUGUCUUUGAUGCAAAUAUCAUCUUCAUCAUUAUCCAUGCCUGGUACACCUAAGAGGAAUUUUUCACCUAACAAAAAAUUUAACCAUCAUAAUGUCAAUCGAACAAAUCGCUCAAAACAAAGGCAACUAAGUUCCAGUAUAUCAAUGACACCAUCGACGCCAUCGUCAUUCGACCAUAGUAGUACCAAGAGUACAGAAAGACAAGGGUUUAUAUUAAAAUUAGAUUCGUUUAAUGAAAAUUGUUUGGAUGAUGUGGGUUAUGGUGAUGUAGAAUUAAGUGCAGUAGAUGAUGAUGUUUGUUGUGAUGGAGAGAACUAUUUUAUCAAUUUUGAUGAUUCAGCUGCUGCUGCUGCAUCUACUUCUACCAUCGCGACUAAACUACUAAAUGAUAAUGAUUCAUCAUCAUCAGUUAACAAAAAAAUAAGUCCCGACUGUUUAAUAGGCUCAAACCUUCAAACCCAAAAAUGCGCUACAUCUCUCAGUUUAUCAAAUAGCAAUUUGAAAACAUUACCUGAGGUUAUGACACUUAGCGAUUUUUCAAUAAGUCGCCAACAAGUUGAUGAAAUGUGUGAAGACAAUUUAAGAACAUCAUUGGUUGCUUCUUCGGUAGGUGCUUCGGCUGGAAAACAGACAAAUUUGUUAAGUACUCGUUCGGCAAGAAGUUCACUUCUUCAACGUCGAGGAUCUAAUCAUAGUUUAACUUUAAAUUUAAAUGAAUCGUAUGGUAGUCUCAAUAAGGGACUGAGUGCUUCAAAUUAUAGUUUAUGCAGUAAUUCACAGUACAAUUUAUCUAAUUCAAUAUAUAAUUUAACCGCAUCGAGACAACAAGCUGCUGUACUGUUUAAGGGUAAUAAUUCGAUUGGUAUUCCGUCAACAAAUUUCAUUCACAAUGGAAAUAAUUUAUUGUCUCAAGAAGGAUUUGGUGGAAAUGCAGCAAAUGCAUUAAAUGCAGCUGCAGCUGAAAAGAAAAACUUACUACAACGUCGUGGUUCAAAUACAAGUUUAACAUUGAACAUUCAUGGUUCUUCACCGUUUGUUCAUUUAAAUCGUUUUAAUAGCCAUAGCUCUUUGAAUAUAAUUUCACAUCCACCCCCACCACCAUCACAACAGCAAAAUUUAUUUAAAAUUCAAAAACAACAGCAACAACAUACGAUAAAAGAUUCCAUUCUUAAUGAAAACUUAUCAAACACUCAAAAAACCACCAACAAAAAAGGUCUACUGGAAAGAAGAGGCUCAAAUGCUAGUCUUACAAUUAACUUGCAAUGCAAUGCUUUGGCCGUAUCAAAUUUACGUGGUUCCGCCUGCAGUUUGAGUAGCAUCAAUACAAAUCAAUUAGAAGAAGAAUAUGAAAUUCGUGGACAUCAGGAGAACGAAUUUCUAGAUGCACCCAUCGGCGGCACAUCAUCGGUAGCAGGCAACAAUUCCGUGUGUGUGGGUCAACAAAGAAAGUUUUUCAGCUCGGAAAACUUAAAUAAUCUCAAUAUUCGAUCACAAUAUUCGAAAUUGAAUCAAACUCAUAUGCGAAAUUCAACUAAAACAUGCUUUGGCUCAGUAUCGGAUUUGAAAACAUAUUGUCAAUUGCCGAUUGCUGCGACGACAACGACGUCGACAUCUUUGGUUGCCAGCCAAGAAGAAAUGAUUCCAAUUCCAACAACAACAUUCUUACAUAUCAAUGAAACAUCUUCGAAUUUAAAUCUAAAUUCCAAUUCGAAUUCGAAUUCUAGUUCUAAUUCUAACUCUAAUUUAUCAAGAAAACAACCUAAACAGAAACAAAUUGUUUCUGAAAGUUUUAUAACAAGUUUUCAACAAAGUAAUUUAUGUUCAUGCACUGGUCUAAGGAAUAUCACAACGCGACCCCUUUCGCCACAAACAACAUCUGAAGACUUUAAAAUGUAUCUGGCUAAUGUUCAAUUAUUGCAGAAUGCUUCGAAUGUCUUGGAUGGCUAUGAUUUAAUGAAAUUAAAUUAUGUUUUUGAAAAAAGCUACAAUGAUUAUGAUACGAGUAAUCAUCAAUCAUCUAAUGAAAUUGAAACAUUCGAACAAAAUCAAUGGAAAUUAAUAUUAUCGUCAUUUUUUAAAAUUGAUCUACCCGAUGAAAAUGAACAAAAACGAUUAAUCAGAAGUUUGCAUCAAGAAUUUUGGGAUUUGCCAACAAAUCAUCAAGAAAAACCGAUGGUAUUUGGAUCACAAUCUAAAAAUCGCUAUAAGAGUAUUUUACCGAAUGAACAUUCAAGGGUACAGUUGAUUGCCGAAGAGGGUUCUAUUGAAGCUCCCUAUAUAAAUGCUAAUUAUAUAAAGGGGCCAGAUUAUGUGAAGAAAAGCUACAUAGCUACCCAAGGGCCAUUACCAAAUACAAUAUAUGAUUUUUGGUUAAUGAUUUUUCAAAAUAUACGUAAAUACGAUGAUCAACAACAACAGCAACAAUCUAUUAUUGAAAGUUCACAAACUUGUUGCAUAAAUAAUAAAAGCGAUUUCCCAUCAUCAUCAUCAUCAACAACAAAAACACCUAAUGAAUUUGAUAAAACUGAAUUCAUAUCAACAAAUUAUCCACAACAACAACAAACAUUCAAAAAUAAAACCAUUCGACAACAACAACAAGAGCAACAAAAAAUUAUUAUGCUAACGAAUUUCCUUGAAAAUAAUAGACAAAAAUGUGCAACUUAUUUUCCAAUCAAUGAAAAUGAUAUAUAUCUUAUAACAUUUACAAAUGAUGAAAUCAAAAAUAAUGAUAUUAAUAUAUUUUAUAAUCAAUAUUUUAAAAAACACGAAACCUCUUCAUCGAAUUAUGAUACAUUCGAAAUUGAAAUUAACGACAAGAAUCUAAUUAACUAUUUACCAAAAGUUAAUUAUUUCAUUGUGAAAAAUAAUGGAAUUAUCAACAAAAAUGGAUUUUCCAUAAGGCAAUUGCAAUGUUUAUUUUGUUGUAAUGUAAGCAACAAAUUAUCAAGCAAUGAUAAUUGUACUGAUAAUGAUAGUCGAAUUGGUAUUGAAAAUAACAGUAAUAUUGAGGCUGUUAAUGAUAAGAGAAUUCAAAUUGUGCAUAGCUUUAGUUGUUUGCAUUAUUGGUAUCCCGAUUGGCCAGAUCAUCGCUCACCAAGUGACAUAAGUGUUUUGCUUGAAAUAAGUCAGCAUAUGUUGGCACGGGAAAAUUCACAUGAUCAACCAUUUCCAAUUAUACAUUGUUCGGCUGGUAUUGGACGUACAGGUUGUAUGGCUGCUAUAUUAAAUGCUAUUUGCCAAAUCAGAGCAUCAUUUCCUUUAAAAUCAAUAAACGCUUAUCAACAUGAUGAUGAAACGACAACGACAACAACAACAAAUCCUGUUGUUUGUUGUAACAACUCAAAAAAUACAAAUACAAAUAGCAUGAGUGAUGUAGACAAUCUCCAAAGUUUCUCUAGUCAACCGUUUCCUUAUAGUAAUAAUAUUAGCAAUAAACGAAAAAAUAGUAAUAAUAAGAUUAUUCAAAGUCCUAAUGAAUCUAAUGAUGAUAUAAAAAAUAGCAUUAAAUGUAUAGUAGAUAAUAAGGAUGAAUUAUGUUCUAAUUGUAAUUCUAACUCUUCUUCUUCUUGUUCUUCAAAUAAUGGGCAAAAUAAAACUAAUUUAUUGUUCUCAGAAAACGCCGCGCUAACACCCAUACCGACACCGACGCCGACGCCUACACCAACGACGACGACAGCGGUGACGGCGACGAUGAUUCCCAAAUCGCCAAUUAAAAAAUGUCCAAGUAUUCAUGUUGAUAUUCUUGGUAUUGUAUGUAAUUUGAGAUUACAACGUGGUGGAAUGGUGCAAAACUCAGAGCAAUAUGAGUUAAUUCACAGAGCAAUGUGUCUUUAUUUGAAAAGGGUACUUAAAUUAAUUUAUGAGGCACAAAUCUGAAAUAUUUUAUUUUUUUAAUUAAUAUAUAUAUAUAAGUACAUAAAUAUAUAUAUUAAGUGCCAAAUAGCCAAAUUUUAUAGUCAUUUAAUUUAUACAUUUAUGAAGAAAUGGAUCGAUUGAAGGAAGAGUAGUGUUGCGAAUAAAA